AUGACCAAGAAGCCGACCAAAAUGAGCCCAGUCGCACCGUUUACUACACCAGAAGAACUCGCAUCGCGCUCGAUGCCGCGCGGCUACGCCUUCCUCCGCAUCUUUGUGCGCCUCAUCGACGUCAGCGUCAACAUCUACUCGCUCGUGUCGUUCGCCGCCACGUCCUCGCUUAUCGACGUAGUUCUCAUGCGCGAGGCUGUCUUCCUCGACGACGUCGCCAACGGCCUCUUCGACUUCACCCCUGCGACGUCACGCGACCAAAUCAUUCUCGACGCGCUGCACGCGGCAAAGCCGGGCCAGUGCCGAAGCAUCGGGUUCAUGGAAGGCAAAGAAGCCAUGCCCACGGGCGGAAAAACAGCGAGCUAUUGCCACCGCAUCAACGUGGACCUGGGUUACGAAGCCCACGUCAUGUACUAUGGCGACGGCAUCUCUCGGCGCUACUUGCGGAAGAUCCAGACCCAGCUCCCGCCGACGUGCGUAGGCUGGACGGUCGCGGCGGGGGCCCCUUAUACCGCCACUCCGAUCCGCGCAGUCCAGGAGGCCCGCCAAGCCUACGGCGACUCAUACCUGCGGUGCACAGACCCGCGCAUCUUCACCUCCAACUCGUACGCGGAUGCCACCAACGUCACGACAGUGAGGUUCCGAGCCGGGGCUAUCGUUGCCCAGAAGCACUUUGCUGGCGCGCAGUUUGGCCUCGAGACCCACCAGUCCUACUGCAAGGCAGAGAAGUUGGGUGACUCGGACGUCUACAAGGUUUCUCCCUUCACGGACGGAGACACGCGCAUGUACGUGACGGUCCUCUUUUCGGACAAGGGCUGGCUCAACUACGUGCUCGACUACGGCGGCCAAGCCAUCGUUCUCAUCGUCUUGAUUCAAGAGGUCGUGCGGGCGGUGACAAUGAGUCUAGUGUCGAUUCCCACCGCGCCCUUCUCUUUCUACACAUAUGGCGUCCGGACGCUGCUGGGUCAAGACCUCGGGAUGGCCCCGCUUGCGAACGGCGGCGCGGCCACGAUGCAGCUUUCCCAGAUCUGGCUCGCAAACCCGUGGUACCUCAUUGGGAACUCCAUGUACGCGCUCGGGUCGAGCAUUGAGACCCAGAUGAUCGUGGAAAUCCUCUUCUGGCAGUACCAGAAGUCCUGGGGCAUGGACAAACUGCUGCUUUCGGGCGUCUACGCGAUGCGCCAUGCUUGGAUCAGCGUCAUGGUUUGGACCGCGAUUCGGCUUCUCGUCAAGUUUCUGCCGGUCAAGGUCCGCCAGUACAUGGCGCCUAUCCGAGCUCUGGAAUGCUACUGCUCGAGUCGUGCCGCUGUCUUGGCCUUCAUCCUCGCCUCCAUCUUCACCGUCUUCACGCGGAACGUGCUAUACCUCACGCAGUUCCAGGAAUAUCCGGACGUGCUCCUAGGCAUUCCCAUGACGUCGAUGUGGCAGUCGGAGGUCUUCCAGAGUCUGGCGACCUACCCAGGCCACCGAGACAAUUCCCUUGUGCGGAUCAUCGACGAAAACCGGCUUUGCGCCGGCUUUGACCUCGCUCAACUCUUCUCCACCGGCUGUGCAUUCACGCACCAAGGCCGCUGCGUCCUGCUCUUGCCGCUCGCCGACAUCUACCUCAUCUACUCGUCCGUGAAUCUGCUCUCGAGCACAGCUCUGGCCGGCAUCGAGAACAUCAAGCCCGGCCACGCCAUCACAAUGGCAACGACCAAAAACGGGGCCUUGUGCACACUCAGUGACUCGGGCAUGUACAUUCCCCAAUUCGUGGCACUACAGGCUAAUAGCCCCCGCGACGUGAUCUACUGCGCGAUUGUCUAA